CUCGUUUUGUGAGUUGUCAAGCACGUCCGACAACAAAGACAAACUUGAAAGAAGAGAAAUCUAAAACCUAAACAACAAAUCUUUUUAGAUUCAACUGGUUUAAAACUAAAAUGCUGGACAAGGAAUGGGUUCAUCUUAUCAGACUUGAUCCAACAUACGAAAUAGGUGCCUGGAAAUUUGUCCGAACGGUGGCUGCUGAGUUAGGAGACAGUGGCAUGGUAAUAUGCCCAUGCGUUGACUGUAGAAAUGUAGAUUGUCAUUCAUGUAGUGUUGUGGUUGCUCAUCUAGUAACUAGAGGCAUGGAUGAGACUUACAAGUUGGGGAAAAAUUGGUAUCAUCACGGUGAAGUGAACUCAGGGGCUGAAUUCGUUGAGAAAUUAAAUCGGUGGAAUGAUGAGAUUUGUGGUUUAUAUCAAGCUGCUGAGUUUAUGGAUGAAGAGCCAUUAAGAAAUUGUGAGAAUACUGAGGGAGAGGACAAGAUAGAUGAUGAGUUCUUUGCAAAGCUACCUGAUGCAGAACCCCCUUUAUAUCCAAGCUGUUCUUCCCAUAGCAAGCUAUCAGCCAUUGUGACAUUGUUUAGAAUGAAGACACAGAAUAGCUGGUCUGAAAAAAGCUUCAAUGAUCUCCUUGAGACAUUGUCAGAAAUGUUACCGGAUGGUAGUGUACUUCACACAUCACUAAAUGAUGUGAAGAAAUUUCUGAAGUCUUUUGAUAUGGGUUAUCAAAAGAUUCAUGCCUACAUAAAUGAUUGUUGCCUAUUCAGGAAGAAGUACAAGAAGCUGGACAACUGUCCCAAAUGUAAGGCUUCAAGAUGGAAGAGCAAUAUGCACAUUGGUGAAGUAAAGAAGGGUGUCCCACUAAAAGUAUUACGAUACUUUCCGAUAAUUCCACGUCUGAAGAGGAUGUUUAGGUCUGAAGAAAUGGCUAAGGACUUAAGGUGGCAUUUCAGUAACAAGAGCAACGAUGGGAAAAUACGUCAUCCGAUAGAUUCUAUGACGUGGGAUCAAAUGAAUAAUAAAUACCCAUCAUUUGCUGCUGAACCAAGGAACAUCCAUCUUGGACUGUCCACAAAUGGAUGUAAUCUGUUUAUCAUGAAGAAUGCAAGGUAUAGUCGUAAUGGUACAACAAUCGCAUGGCCAUAGGACAAAGUGGUAAUGGUUUGAACUGAAGUACCUUUGUCU